AUGUCCGCCGCUGAUGAGCUGCUGCGCGACUUCGAGGAAGAUGAAGACUUCCAGGAUGAGGAGCAGAUCGAACAACAUGACCUCGAAGAAGAACAAGCCCCAGAAGAAGGCGCAAAGCCAUCCAACGAAUUCGAUCUUUCCAUCGAGACCGCCGACGAAUUAACACGGCUACACAAAGCCUUGCGCGAUCAUUAUUCCGUCCGAUUUCCAGAACUAGAAACCCUCGUCACCAACUCGAUCAAAUACGCGAAAACCGUUGCCAUCCUUAAAAAUGGACCCCUUGAUGACAUCAAAGCUCUUUCAAAUUCGGCAGACAAUAUGGUCGGCGAGCCACUCAAGUCCGUCCUGGACGGUCCAUCCCUCAUGGUAGUGGCGGUGGAGGGCACAACAACUCGUGGCCGGGAAAUGACCGAGUCCGAGCUCAAAGUAGUCCUCGAUACAUGCGAGAGGAUCCUUAAGCUGGACCGCGAGCGCACUGCUCUUACAGAGAGCAUUCGGUCUCGCGUAAACUCGAUUGCCCCCAAUUUGGCGGUGUUGAUCGGGUCCCAUACCGCGGCGCAGUUUCUCAACCAGACUGGUGGCUUGCUCGAGCUGGCCAAAAUCCCGGCAUGUAAUUUGGGUGCUCAAGGCUCAAGGAGGCAGGAGGGGCUGGGCUUUGCUACAAACAUUGGCAUUCGGUCACAGGGCUUUUUGUACGACUCCCCGCUCAUCCAGGAAGUCCCGAAUGACCUGAAGAAACAAGCCAUUCGGAUCGUCGCUGCUAAGAUGGUUUUGGCCACGCGCGCAGACGUUGCCAACUACAACAAGGAUGGCUCGUUGGGCGAGGAUCUAAAAGAGCAAUGUUUCAAGCGGUUGGAGAAGUUGACUGAGCCUGCGCCGAAUUCGGGAGUGAAAGCACUUCCUGCACCAGACGACAAGCCUUCCCGGAAGCGAGGAGGACGACGUGCACGCAAGGCCAAGGAGGCCAUCGCCAUGACGGAGCUACGAAAAGCACAGAACCGCGUUGCUUUUGGCAAAGAAGAGGCAGAAGUGGGAUACGGCACAGGCGAAGGCACUGUGGGUCUGGGUAUGCUGGGCCAGCAGAACGACGGGCGUAUCCGAGCGACACAAAUCGACCAGCGCACUCGCGCGAAGCUCAGCAAGAACAACAAGGGCUGGGGUGCAGCCACUCCUGGCAGCGGUACUGCUUCGUCGCUGCGUGGCUUUGGUCAGGGCGGCUCGAUGGGUACUGCCAGUGUGCUGCAAUCCAAGGGCCUCCGCUCAUCAGGUGUCGGAUCCUUGUCCGCCACCGCUGGUACUGCCAGUACGAUCGCUUUCACGCCUGUCCAAGGUCUGGAACUUGUCGAUCCUAAGGUGCAGGCUGAGUUGAACCGCAAGCGCAAAGCUGAUGAAGACCGUUGGUUCAACUCUGGAACAUUUACCCAGGUUGGCGGUGGCGCUCAGAGCAGCACCAAUCCUCAGAAGGAUCGCGACGGUUUCAAGGUACCGGCUCUUCCGCCCAAAAAGAAGGUUGACACCGGAAAUGGCAGGAUGGGCCCACCACCCAAGCCAUAG